CUAAAAACCGAUUCAGAAAGUAAUUUUGAAAAUAAAUAAAAAUAUAAUAUUAUUUAAAUUAAGAGCAUUAAAACAUGGGUGGAUGGAAAUUGGAGGUAUUUAAAAUGGGACUGUAUAUGUCAUUCCCAGUUGCAUUAUUUCAUUGGUUCAAUCAGCCUGAAUAUUUUGAGAAAUGGGUAAUUCAAACAAAACGAGAGUUAUAUCCUCCUGAAAAUAAGGAACAAAAAGAACUUAUAGAGAACACAAUACGAAAAGUCAGGGAAAAACAAGAUAUUAAAUUGCAAGAUGCACUUAAAGAGUAUCAGAAUAAAUGAGUUUUGUAGUUCUUUUUUCAAAAUAUUAUGUGCACAGACAUUUUUAGAGUAAAUAAAUCAUGUAAAUUUA